AUGAUCGUCGAUAGGUCAUUAUGUGACAACGAUGAUUCUAACAAGGAUAAUGAUUUUGAUGAUGACAAUUUUGAUGAGGAUAGUGAUUCUAAAGAAGGUAUGUUUAUUGAUGAAGAUUUGGAUGACAAGUCCGAUGGUAAAGAUAAAAAGACUCCUAUGAAGGUUGAGCAAAGAAAGAAAAGGACCAAUGAGUCUACGACAAAUACACUAGCGUCCUUAAAGAAGUCUAAAAUAGCUACUCCUCGGAAAAUAGGUGUUAAGAAGCCUAUGCAAGUAACUUCCCCACCUCGUAAAGGGAAAGGCUACGGUAAAUGGCAACGCCACAAUAAUUACCAAUAUGGUUCUUUAGAGGGUUGGAAUGCUAGGGAGAGUGAGUAUGGACAAUGGUCCCUAGGUCCAAUUGGAUCGGAGAAUGGGCAAAAAGACUCUUUUGACCUAGAAGAGGUUAAAAGGUUAAGGGCAAGGCAGAUUUUUUUAGGAAUGGAUGAAUAA